GCAAUCUGGCAACGCCACAUAUUUUUCGAGACGCAGAACGCAAGAUAUUUUCUUAUCUCUCGUUAAAAAAAUGGAUUAUUUCGGUUUAAUCGGUGCGUAUCUGGGAAAAUCGCAUGCUUGUUGGCAGUAAGGAACGGCACGCUCUAUCACGUCCCACGCCCCGCGCACUCCAGCCUCACGGGAAAAUGGGAAAGCAACUUUAUCUGGCAUCCGUAUCUUCGUCCGUCGCAGCCGUCAAAAUGUUCGUCGCGCCAGUUAUCGACUCGGCAAUCUCCAUCUCCUAAGGCACACAUACACGCAAUAUAACGCAGUCCAGCACUCACACAGGCAGCCAGCUACGUAACCUGCCAGCGGAAGCGCUCUUAAUCUUGGCCAGAAACCACAACAAAAAGACAACAUCGAAGGAACAACAGCAGACGGUGGGAAACGGAGGCGCCGCUAGCACUAGCACCUAACAUGUCCGAGAAGCACGGCCAGCUGGGUGCGCAGUGGACGAAAUCAGCGGCGCCAGCAGCAACAACAGCACCAGUUUCCAAUUCCAUUCCCAUACCUCAACCGAUCCCAGUGGCACUUCCCCUUCAGAAACCCAACGCCAAUCCCUAUGGGAACUGCAGCCUACAGCCUGCGGAUGUAGUCUACGGUGCAACCAGAUUUCAAGGAACUGCUAUCCAUGCGAAGGCCUCUCCUUUGACCAUUACACCAGUGGGUCCUGGCGGCGGAACACCUGCGUCCACCCAAAUCUCGCCCACGAGUCACACCCAUGUACCUGUACCUGUAGCCACGCCCAGCGGCUUUGUGCCGCCUCCGUUUACCAAUGUCGCCAGCGCCAGUGGAGGAGUCUCCACAUCCGUGCUUACUCCGAAUCCCUUUGCAACGGCUGCUGGAAAUGCUGCUGCCGGACUGGCCUUUGCCAAUGCCUUUAACUUUAGCACCGCCCAGCAACUGGGUCUUGGCAAGAUCAUGCAUGCCAUGGGUGGUGCAACAGUAGGAGUGCCAGCGGCGUCAGUACCAGUCACCACGACUCCAGCAACAGCGGCUCCUUUGGCCUCGGCAAUACCUGGCCCACGGCAUCCGAAUGAGGGCGUGCCAGCGGCCAGUGGAGUAAUAAACUCCACCAUCGCUGAAAACGUAAUGAAUGCUCUCAGCAAUUCCAACUUAGCGGGAUCAAUGCCCAAUGAGGAGAAGAUGAGAAGGGUGCUGCAGGUGAUUGAGGCCAGCUUGGACGACAAUUCAAGGCUGCAGAUUUCACAGAUCCUAGAGCGUGUCUCGGGACUAAAGCCCAUUGAGAAGCUAUUCCUCUAUCUUCGCUUGCCUGGGGAGUGCGCAGACACGGAUCCGUUAAGGCAGCCACAAAAUCCGCUGGGAACACGCUCGGAGAUUAACCAUACCAUAAAUUGGGUGCGUUCCCAUCUGGAGCACGAUGCACAGGUGUCCAUACCAAAACAGGAUGUGUACAAUGAUUACAUAGCUUAUUGCGAACGCCUCAGCAUCAAACCUCUGUCCACAGCAGACUUCGGCAAGGUGAUGAAGCAGGUAUUUCCAGGCGUUCGUCCACGGAGAUUAGGAACGCGUGGAAACUCGCGCUACUGUUAUGCGGCGAUGCGAAAAACCACCAAGCUGACUCCCCCGCAACUGCCGCAGCUGUGCAAGACGGAGCAGAUUCCAGCGGGUGAUUCCACUUCUGAUCCCAGUCAGAUAACAAGUGCCUCCAGUUUGGGUGGCUUUCCAUCGACAGGAGGGGACUCGGAGUGCUGGGAUGUGGUGCGCAGCUGGGCAGAAAAAUUGCUAAACACUAAGCUAGAGAGCGUGGCGGAUCUAAGCUCCCGCAUCAGAAGCAACAAUGCAACAGUUUCUACAAAAAAAUACACUCCCCGGGAGCCCAAGGAGAAGCGAGUUUUAGCAGACAUUGGCCCUUUAAAAAAGCGACGCAAAAAGAAACGCAAGGGUUCCACAUCCUCAGAAUCGAGUUAUAAUCAAUUAGUAACUGGUCAAGACGCGGGUAGCAGCCAGGAGGCCAGCGACGAACAGAUAAUGAAGAUCAAGCAGGAGAUCAUCGACUCACCCAUUCAUCCUCAGCAGCAUCCAUUAGGUUAUCUACAGCAGGUAACGCCCAUGAACCUAGCCACAGAUCAGCGAAGCAGUAGUGCUGUCCGUAACCUUACGCCCAAAAUCCUGGAGAUGGGCUCGCCGGCCGUAGUACUCACCCAGCAGGAGGUAUCCCCCACGGGCAUUGUCAUAAAGGACGAGGUGGAGGACUACACCUCUAAUAUAUUCUGCAAGAAGGUUUUGAAGGCGCAGCAGACAAAGGGAUUCUGGGCGAAUUCUCCAAGCAGUGGGACAACGAGCGGAGUUGGAUUAUUGGUUCCACCGACGAUCACCACAACUUCGGCUACACCGCCACCGCCAAACUCUGGUAAUUCCCCAGUUCCGGGACCCGGACUUUCCAUGGGCCCACCCUCACAGAUGAUGAGCACAAGUUCUGUGAGCCCGUCAAGCAGCGUGGACACCACACCUAAGGUGGCCUCCCGAAACCAAAUGAUGAUUCUGAGAGCCAAGCGUUUAAUGGCAGCGGAAAAUGCCGCUUUGGCAGCGGCAGAAGACUCAGGAUUGCCAGAGAAUCUGGGAUUGCCCAGAGAGCGAGUGAUUAGCAUCUGUAACAUGGACAAGCACGAGCUGGAUGACUACUUUCUACCUGGCGAGGACGAGGAGAACUCCGAGGAGCCCGACAACGAGUUGCUCCAAUAUUUUCAGAUGGGAGACGCUGAGGAAAAACAACUGAAUUCCUUAGAUGCUGCCGAACAGAGCAAGAAUCCACAAGAGCCAUCGACGAUGGGCUCUGUGCCGGAGGCGAUGCCCGCCCCCGGACGCGGAGCAGCAGUCGUCGCCGCUGCAGCAGCGAUGCUGGCGCCGGUGCCAGCACCUUCGAUGUUGCCCGCACAGGCAGGAGUGGGUUCUGCCUCAGCGUCUCUGGCCCUAAUGUCAAAAAAGCAUCAACAGCAGCACCAGCAUCAGAAUCUGCAGUUGCAGCGUUCCAAGCAGUUGCCGCUUAUCAGCAACAACAAGAGAAAGAUCAGCCUCAGCAACGCCUCCAGUAAUGGUAGCAACAAGAACUGCAUUUUUCUACCCAUUUCACCAAACACCAAUGGAUCAGUGACAACACCGACAGCCACAGGGUCGUCGAAUCCCAGUCAAAAUUGCUUCGCUAGUCCCGGCUUGACUAGGAUGAAGCAAAGAUCCAACAUGUUGAGCAAGCAGCAAUCACUUGACUGCGACAACCGGGAUCCCAUGAUAGGGGCUCAUCGCAAGGGUCGAGGCUAUGUGUACAGCUACCCUACGAGCACGUCUGCCUCAGCUCCGCCGAGUCCAUCUAUUCUGCCACAAUGGAUGUGUAGAAACUGGUCGCUAGGUGGCGGCAAUACAUCCAGCUUUGCAGACAGCAGCCACAGUGCUGAUAAGCUGGUGAAUCAGAACUCAAUGGAUAUGGAGACAAGCCUGGCGCUCACGGGAGAAAAUGAAUUAGAUACGUCGGAGAUGCAGCGCUCACAAUCGGUGCCAUUGUCACAAUUGCAACGAAGAAGCAGCCAACAGUCACCUAGCCUCAACUUCUACUCGGAGAACAGCAACAGUCAGCAAUCUGCGUCCCUGAAAGAAACUGGAAUACUGUACGAGGAAAUGGAAGUAGACUCGCUUCUCUCAGCUAAUUUUGCCAGAAAGUUUAAUAGCAUAACCCAGCAAACAGCCACGACCUGCAGUUCCUCGGCGGGCUCAUCUUCCGGCUACAGCAGUGGCGGCUCUGCGGGAAUCGUUUCGAGAUCAGUGCCCUCCACUCCGCUGCCACAUCAACAGCAAAACAGCCUAACAUCGUUGAAUGGUGGAGGCGGUGCAACGUCCAGCGGAGGAGGUGUUGUGGGAAUCGGAAAUGGAAGCAACUGCGGCGUCGGAAAUGGGUUCUUCAAUAUAUCUGACUCGUUUAAUUGGGAAGGAUCUACGGCCAAUAAUAGUCAUUUGGAUUACGCACACUCAUACAGUACCCGCAAUUCACUAGACAUUUCCAAGUCUAUGCCAACAACGCCCAUUGCAACACAACGUUUCCGAUAUAGUCCGGCGGAGGUGCACCGCGAUUUCCUCAUAAAUGGCAACACCAUCGAUAGCUUACCUUCGUCUACCUUUGCAGCAGGAGGUGUUCCGACGGGUCCUACGCUGGCCCUGAGCACGGACACCCUCAUCGACGACAGUGCGCCAAGCAGUUCCGAUGUGGUUGAGGCCAUGAUUGGUGUCACAGGCAUACUCGACGGUUUUUAGAAUUUGCAUGAAGAGAAAGCCCAAGGGGAGAUCGAAAUAUCAGAGCGGCAGGAGCCGCAUGCGGUAGAGGAGGAGAACGAUGCUCAGUCAGCUGCAAAAGAGGAUGCCAAUGUGGUUGCCUGUUUGCUCCAGCAUGUGGACCAAUUGUAAAUCCCACUAUCUACCGCCUACUGCCGUAUUGAUGUCUCGUUAUUUACGUUGUGUGUUAUCUAUUUAGUUGUCUUUUAUGGUUCCUCUUCCAAGUAUAUGAAAUUUCUGUUUUGCCUAGUA